GAAAGGGGCGAUGGGGCAGACAGGAGCGGCUGGGAGUCCAGGGGUGAAUGGACAUCACGGCAUUAAAGGAGAACCCGGCCUUCCUGGCCCUCCUGGAGCAAAAGGGGACAUGGGGGCCCCCGGCUCAGCAGGCAGCAGCAUUGUGCGAAUUGUUGGUGGAAAUAAAGGGCGGGUGGAGGUGAAACGCAAUGGAGAAUGGGGGACCAUCUGUGAUGACAGCUGGGACAUGAACGAUGGGAAAGUCAUCUGCCGGAUGUUGGGGUACUCGAAGGUGUUGUCUACAUUCACAGCGAACGCAGGAACUGGGAAGAUCUUACUGGACGAUGUGCAAUGUUUGGGACUUGAACAGAGUAUCCUGGACUGCAAAAAGUCACAGUGGGAAACUCAUAACUGUAGCCACAGCGAAGAUGCCGGGGUGGAGUGCGCCUGAGAGACCGCCAGCCACCUCCAACACGCUUCACAGCUGUAAAAAUCACUGCUUCUGAUCCAUCAGGGACACACUAUAGGGUGCAAGGUGCGUGGGAGCCCGGCACUCACCUGCAACCACCACUAGGGGGAACUCAAUGCAUACAGAUUAUACAGUCACCACUAGAGGGAGCUCCUCACAUACAGA